GGCAGGAACUGUACCAGCCCUAGAACAAGAAGGCAGCUGGACCCUUCUUCCAGCUGACAGCUGCCACCAUGGGGGCUCCGGCCCUCCUGUGGCCUCCGCUGCUGCUGCCAUUGCUCUUAGUGCUGUUUGGUCAACCUCCAGGGACCUCGGCCCAGGACCAAGUCUGUUCUGUGAACACGCCGGUUGUUCGAAUCGAGGAGAACAGUAGUAUUUCCGAGCCGCUGUUGAACAUUUCGGUCUCAGAUGGCCUGCAUGUGACCCUGGGGUCCGGGUCCACUCCUUCUACAUUUAAAAUUGCGGGCAACCAGCUGUUUCUCAUCGUGACUCCAGAUCAUGAGGAAAACUCUAUGCUGGAGGCAGUCCUGGAAUGCAAGAGAGGAAAUGAAGUGGUGACAACAUUGUUUGUGACUGUGAUUAUCCUGGAUAUCAAUGACAAUUCCCCAGAGUUUCCCUUUACAACCAAGGAAUACAAUGUAUCAGAGGACACCAGAGUGGGUACAGUUGUCAUCCCUGGGACAGAACUGGCGGCCGAAGAUGCUGACGAAGAUGACACGCUCUAUUACACUCUGCAGGAAGUGACCCCUAAUGCCAGCAGCUUCUUCUCUCUGGUGGGGUUAACCAACCCUGCUCUGACUCUGAGCCGGACCCUGGAUUUCUAUAAGAAUCAGAACAUGACCUUCAGGCUGUUGGCACAGGAUACUUGGAAUGCAGACAGCACAGAGCCCAGCCACACGGCCACUGCCACCCUGAUCGUAAACGUGCUUCCGGCUGACCUACGGACCCCCUGGUUCCUGCCUUGCUCCUUCUCAGAUGGCUACUUCUGCAUCCAGGCCCAGUACCGUGGAGUGGUCCCCACGGGGCUCCUACUGUCAUCCCCCCUCAUCUUGAGUCCUGGUCCCAUCUAUGCUGUGGACGGAGAUCAGGGGAUUAACCAGCCCAUCAUCUACAGCAUUAUGGCUGGAAACACGGAUGACACAUUCAUCAUCGACGAGAAGUCUGGCAACCUCACGAUGAGCAAAAGUAUACCCAGCCCCAUGACCUUCACCCUGCUGGUCAGAGCUGAUCAGGAUGAUAGGGCCCGCUACUCAGUGACCCAGGCCAUUGUGGAGGCUCGUGAUGUCUCUGGGAACCCACUCCAGUUCUCUCAGAGCCGGUACCAUGGUACAGUGGUGCUUGGCUCUGAGGCUAACACAGCAGUGAAGGACAGGACCUCCCCUUCUGAGACCCUGAGGAUCCAAGCUCAGUACUCAGACUUCCCGGACCUCAACUCGAACAUCACGUAUCAAAUCAUCAACUCCUCAGAUUUCAGGAUGGACAAGGAUAUCAUGCUGACCACUAAGGCUAUGAAAGAAACAGGCGUCUUCUAUGUACAGGUAGAAGCUACCAGUACUGUAACUAACGAUACAGCCACCACUGUCGUUGAGAUCCAAGUGUCAGAGCAAGAGGCCCCCUCCACAGAGUCCCCCAAGCCCCCAGAAGCUGGAGGAACAACUGGGUCUUCAAGUAGCACCACUUUGGAAGCUCCCACGACCUCUGGGACCUCUCAAGGACCGGCCACAACCAGCUCUGGGGGAAGUGCUGGCCCAGUCCCACCCUCAGGCACAACUCUAAGCCCACCUGCCUCUACCUCAUCCACACCUGGGGGGAUCCCUACUCUUGGAACCAGCACCUCCCCCAAGACAGUCACUCCUGGUGGGGACUCCACACAGACCCCCAAGCCAGGAACCCCUCAGCCAGUGAUCCCCAUUACAGGUACAAGUACCACUUCUCAGCCAGUCACACCCAGUGGGGGCUCCACACAGACCCCCAAGCCAGGAACCUCUCAGCCAACAGUCCCUACUUCAAGAACAAGUACCUCCCUCAUUCCAAGCACAUCCAGAGGGGACUCAAUGCAAACCCCCAAGCCAGGAACCUCUCAGCCGACAGCCACCACGCCCAGCAGGAGCCCGUCAUCCUCAGGAGAAGGUGCGAUGGGUGACCACAAAUUUUCCACGGUGGACAUGGCAGUGCUGGGCGGGGUGCUAGGUGCGCUCUUGUUGCUGGCCCUCAUCGGCCUGGUCAUCCUCAUCCAUAAGCACUACCGUUACCGGUUCAACUGCUGCUGUAAAGGCAAAGCUAAGGUGCCUCCUCCUCAGAAUAGCUAUGACAACCUGACCUUCCUCCCGGACCACAAGACCAGCUGGUCGUCCACCUCCAACCCGCAGCCACAGCCAGACCCUGAGCCCUCCCAGCCGCCCUCUGGGUCCCAUAGCCCCAUGUCUUCCAGCCCCACGCCCCCCAGUUCUGCACCUCCUAGCCCAGAGCUCAGAGCUUCCGGCUCUCCUAAAACCGUCCAGGCUGGGGAUAGUCCUUCAGCCGUAAAGUCUAUUCUGACUAAGGAGCGGCGGCCGGAGGGGGAGGGUGGCUACAAGGCCGUGUGGUUCGGCAAGGACAUCAGAGAGGAUGCUGACGUGGUGGUCCUCAACGAGCCCACAGCAGACUUGGGCAGCGCCAGCGCCACGGAAAGUGAGGGCAGCGAUGAUGACGAGCCUAACCAGAAAAAGGGUCUUCACCUUGGCGCUGAUAUCGACCACACUUAUAUCUAGCGCAGCACCCCCCCCCCCCCCCCCCCCCACCUCCACUCCAAGACAUUCCCCUUUCCUCCGCAAAUUAAAGCAGCACUUUUGAAUUCCGGAGUCGUAAGGCGGGUGUGCGGGAGCGAGUGCCAGGGAAGGUCGUUCAACAAAGUCCAAGCGUUCAUGUCUCCUCUUCUGGAGCCGGGUUAUCCCUCCUAACCGCCCCCACCCCAACUCCGUUCUAAGUGCGGGAAGGAGGGAGGGAGCGCUGGGGUAAAACACCUGUUGUGAGCACCCAGCUGCCGGCUUCCGGAUGUUCCCUCCCCCUCCCCCAAGCUCCUCUCCCACAGUAGCCAGCGGGGAAGAGGGAAGUCCUCGCUGGAGACUUCAGCGUUUAGCCCGAUGUGGACAGCUUCGUUUGAGCGAGUGAAAGAACCAGAACGGGACUCCCGCCACACUGUACAUUCAUUUGGCAGAGGGUGGCCUCUGGGACCUUUCUGAGGGUCACAGCCUGGUUCAAAAGUCUGGCUGCGAAUGGUGGCAUCCAUGUUUAAUCCCAGCAGAGACAGGCAGAUCUCUGUGAAUCUGAGGCCAACACCGUCUACAGAGUGAGUUCCAGGACAGCCAAGGCUAUGUAGAGAAACCCCUUUUCAAAACAAAACAACAAACCCAAACAAAUAAAAAGACU